AUGGCGGCAGCCACUCGUUUUGCCUUCCUGGCCACGGCCGAUCUCAUCCCCAGGCCUCUCGCACCUUUCCUGCGAUCCCGCGUCCUUCAAGAAGGCACCUUCGGCGUCUCCCAUACCCGUGUGCCUACAGAGUCCCGCCCGGGGCAUGUAGCUUUGAUCGCCGGGUUAUACGAAGAUGUUUCCGCCGUCGCCACCGGCUGGAAACUCAACCCUGUCAAUUUCGAUAGUGUCUUUAACCGAAGUCGUCAUACUUGGAGCUGGGGUAGCCCAGAUAUCUUGCCCAUGUUCGAACAAGGAGCUGUUCCCGGCCGGGUUGAUACAUAUAUGUACGAACCAGAGUUCGAAGAUUUUACUCAGGAUGCUCUUCGCCUCGACUACUGGGUGUUUGACCAUGUUAAGCACUUUUUUGCAGAGGCCGCAAUAAACCAGACUCUUAAUAAAGCCCUUCGCCAGGAUAAGAUUAUUUUCUUCCUACAUCUGCUUGGGCUUGAUACAACUGGGCACUCCUAUCGACCGUACUCAAAGGAAUAUUUAAAUAAUAUCAAAGUGGUGGACCAAGGCGUUAAGGAGAUAACAGAACUUGUCCAGAAAUUUUACGCAGAUGACAGAACAGCCUUUGUAUUCACCGCAGAUCAUGGCAUGAGUGACUGGGGCAGUCACGGUGAUGGUCAUCCAGAUAAUACCCGCACGCCUUUCAUUACGUGGGGUUCCGGUGUGGCCGCUCCUGAGGUGCAUCCUGGUACUAUUGCCCCAGGACAUGAUGCGUACUCAUUAGAUUGGGGGCUCGAUCACAUUCGUCGACACGAUAUUAACCAGGCGGACAUCGCCGCCUUAAUGUCCUACUUGAUCGGUGCCGAGUUCCCAGCUAAUUCGGUCGGAGAGCUUCCCUUAUCAUAUCUGGCCGCAGACAAUAGCGAGAAGGCUUAUGCAUCGCUUGUCAAUGCCAAAGGUAUUUUGGAGAUGUAUCGUGUCAAGGAAAAUAAAAAGAAGACGAAUGAACUGCGAUUCAAGGCAUACCACGCGUUUGACGGAGAGGGUUCUCCUGAAAACCGCAUUGCUGCGAUUGUAGAUCUCAUUGCAAAUGGGCAGUAUGAAGAGGCUAUUGAGGAGUCAAAUACCCUCAUUCAAGCAACGCUGCAGGGCCUGCGCUAUCUCCAAACGUAUGACUGGCUGUUUCUUCGGGCUCUUAUUACCAUGGGAUAUCUUGGCUGGAUGGCAUAUGCCACAACCAUAGUGGUAAACAUGUUUGUCGUCCACGAGGAAAUAGCAGCGCAAAGGACUCUUUUCAGUGCCGCCACCUUUUUAGGAAUUCUGUUUGCUCUUUAUGCGUCGUUCAUUAUUUCCAAAUCACCCCUCACAUACUAUUUAUAUGCCUUUUUUCCUGUUGUAUUCUGGGAAGAAGUUUAUGCCCAUAGACAGAGUCUUUAUCACGGAAGAUUGGUAUUAUUUGGCCACAUUCAGUCCGCAGGAGGUGUGGCGACGCUGUUUCUUCAUACCAUUUUUUACAUUGCUGUCAUACAAUCUCUGGCUGUCGGAUAUAUUUAUCGAGAGGUACUGACCGGAUUGUUUGUCCUGGCAGCGGCUUGGCCUGUCAUGUAUGGCCUGUCUUUCUUACAAAACCAUGCAUUGCUCAUCAUGACAUGGGCAGCUUCAUGCCUGACAAUGAGCACAUUCACGUUGCUUCCAGCCAUGAAAGUUGAAAGCAUUGGUCUAAUCCUUGCUGGUGGCUUUGUCAUGUUUCUCGUUGGCUUUCUUUACCUGAUUCUCGAAGACACCGUUCUCGCCGAUUUUUCGUGGGCUGCCAGCUCAGAUCCUUCACUUAAGAAGUCAAACAAGAAUAUUCAGCGAACAUUAACUGGCAUCCAGCUGGGACUUAUUCUCUUGUCCAUGCUUGUAACGCGGUCUAGCGCCUUGUCCCUUCAGGCUAAGCGAGGUCUCCCAGUCGGCAAUCAAGUUCUUGGAUGGGCUAUCCUCAUCAUUUUUUUGACAUGCGCACCUACAUUUGUCAUUCUUACAAUCUCAUAUGAAGGCCUUUUUUACGUCGCUUUCUCAGUGACCCUACUUGUUUGGGUGCGCCUGGAGUACGCAGCCGAAAUUUUCUGCCGCAAGCAUCAGCAAAACAACGGGAGCUUGGUGCAACCUAAUACAUUUAACCAAGACUUGAUACAACAUCGAGAACUCAGGCUCUCGGAUGCACGGGUGGCGCUUUUCUUCCUGGUACUACUGCAAUCGGCCUUUUUCAGUACAGGCAACGUUGCGUCCGUUUCUUCAUUUAGUCUUGACAGCGUUUACCGCCUGAUACCAGUAUUUGAUCCUUUUUCUCAGGGAGCGUUGCUAAUUUUAAAGUUGAUGAUCCCCUUUGCUCUUAUUUCUGCCAAUUUGGGAGUAUUAAAUAAAAGGUUAGGAGUCGCCCCAUCAGCUCUCUUCAUGGUGGUCAUGGCAAUUAGCGAUAUUCUGACGCUCUAUUUCUUUUGGGUUGUCAAAGACGAGGGGUCAUGGUUGGAGAUAGGCUCCACAAUCAGCCACUUCGCCAUUGCAAGUCUGCUUUGUGUGUUUGUUGCUGGCCUUGAGGGCGUCAGCACCUUGUUUAUAUCAGGCAUUAACGUGGGGGAUGGGCAAAGCGAACUUGAUCCUACGACUAGCCAGUCAGGGUCUACAAUGAAAAACAAAGGAGCCCCAAAUGGCAACAGUUAUUCAAAUGAAGCCAAAAGACAAUAG